UCCACUAUCUUCUAUAUCUUGUCAUUAAAACGUUUCUUGUGUUAUGACUCGAUCAGAAAAUCCCAUGGCUUCCAUUCACUACUCCAAUAUGCUUCUCAUUUUGAUCGUCCUUUUUGUUUCAGCUGUGGUGUUUCUUCACCGUCGAAGGCGCCUCCCUAUUACUAAUUGGCCGCUUAUUGGCAUGACGCCCCAUCUCCUCCUAAAUAUCCACCGUAUUCAUGAUUACGCCACUCAUAUCCUCACAGUUAGUGAUGGUACUUUCAUGUUCAAAGGUCCUUGGUUUGCCAAUAUAGACAUGCUUGUCACCUCGGACCCUGCCAACAUUCACCACAUGUUGAGUAAGAACUUCCACAACUAUCCUAAAGGCCCCGAAUUUCGUAAAAUGUUUGAUCUCCUUGGAGAUGGUAUAUUCAACUCGGAUCAUGAGUUAUGGGAAAUUCAUAGGAAAACAACCAUGUCUCUACUCAAACAUCCUGAAUUUCACACACUCUUGGAAACAAACAUCAAGAACAAACUUGAAAAAGGACUUCUUCCUCUCCUUAACUUUGUGUCCUCGCAUCAUCAGGAGACAGAUUUGCAAGAAAUAUUUCAGCGGUUCACUUUUGAUGCUAUUUGUGUAUUGCUUUUGGAUUAUGACCCUGAAAGUUUGUGUAUUGAUUUACCCUUUGUUCCAUGCGAGAAGGCUUUUACGGAUGCUGAAGAAGCUCUUCUUUGGAGACAUAUAUUGCCUGAAGAAGUUUGGAAGUUGCAGAGGAGAUUUGGGAUAGGGAAGGAGAAGAAGUUAAGUGAUGCUUGGAAGGUUUUUGAUGAAUUUAUAUACAAGUGUUUGGAUCUAAAAGACGAAAACAAGGAGGAAGAUAAGUCAGGGUUGUUAACAUCAUUGAUUAGAGGUUUUGAUGGACAAAGAGGGACAUCCGGGGACUCAAGAAAGUUCAUAAAAGACACCAUACUCAAUCUAAUGAUCGCGGGGAGAGACACUACAAGCACCGCUCUUUCUUGGUUCUUUUAUCUACUUGCCCAAAACCCGAUAGUAGAGAAGAAUAUCCGAGACGAGAUCAAGAAACAUUUGGGUGGAAGAAAAUGGGAAAGUUUGAGUAUAAAAGAGUUGGGAGAAUUGAUCUAUCUUCACGGAGGUAUAUGCGAAGCAUUAAGGCUAUACCCGCCAGUUGCAUUUGAGCACAAAUCUCCAGCAGCAGCGGACGUACUACCAAGUGGUCAUGCCGUUGAUGAGCACGCAAGGAUAAUUCUAUCGUUUUAUUCGAUGGGGAGAAUGGAAGGGAUAUGGGGGGAAGAUUGCAUGGAGUUUAAGCCAGAAAGAUGGUUUUCAAGCGGAGGAGGGAUAAAGCAUGAGCCGUCGUACAAGUUCACCGCAUUUCAUGCAGGGCCAAGGACUUGUUUGGGUAAAGAAAUGGCUUUUGUUCAGAUGAAAAUGGUGGCGACUGCAAUCAUUCACCAUUACCAUGUGGGGUUGGUGGAGGGUCACAAUGUUCGUGCAAGUGAUUCCAUCUUACUACAGAUGAAAUAUGGUUUGAAGGUCAGGCUCUUCCCUAUCAACAUCAAUCAAGCUUCUUGAUAAUUGCAGUCCGCUUGCAUGAAUAAUAUUGAAGGGCCACCCUUGUCCCUUUGCAUAUAUGUACACAUAUAGUCAUCUAGUUCAUGAGUAUUUCUAUUAAUUUACCUUAUCCUGAUAAUUGGAGUCCACUUGUUAGAAUAAUUGAAGGGUCACCCUUUGCAUUUAUAUAUAUACAUGCAUAGUCUAUCUGCAUAGUAUGUACUU